AAAAUAUCAAGAGGAGGGCAGAUAGCUUUCCCUUACCAUGUAUAAAAGAAUUACGAUUUCAAUUCCUCGGUAUUAUUCCUACAUAAUACUUGCAAUCAAUGUCUCCAUAAUCAACUGGGGAUAAUAGGAAGCAGAGUCGCUCUUGCUUCAAAUAAAAAAUUCUCAAAUCACAGAGCAGACCUGGCAUCUUAAUACUAUGCAUUCUACAAUUUUCUUGUCCUGAGUGCCUUCUUCUUACCAGGAAGGUUUUGGCAUGUUACCAAUUGUCCAGCAAACCUCAUUGUAUGUAUAUCCUUACAACUAUCAUCUUAGCUUUCUCUCAUUUGACUCCAAAUACCUGCCUUUUCACAUCUAUCUCUGUCAAACUUGAUCGGAGAAUCAGCGUUUUUAUAUCAUUUAAUCUCAUCAUUGGUUAUCUUAUUACAUAGAACGACAGCAGUAUACACAUUCAAAAUACUUUGGGCCUAAUAUAAGUUCAUCGACCAUCACUAUCACCUUCGAAAAGGUCGUACAAUCUUCUCUCUCGAUAGUACCAGAGGCCCAGAAAGGUUUGGGAGAUUGUUGGCACCAUAUCAUCAUGUUGGAGAAGCACGAAUUUGAUGUGAGAACACUCAUCCGAGGUUCACGAAGUCCGGACCCGAAAAUGCCUAUACUACUUUUAAAUAACGAUGAUAGUCCGCCUCCAUCAGUGCCUCCGCCACCAUAUUCUGUAGGGGAUGAAUAUCCGCUCGGCCUUCCAAGAAACAUCUCGGCUACAGGCAAUUCAGCAUGCGAACUUCAGAGCAUAACCGUGAAGUCUGGUAGUCGCUCCCUUCCAGAAAAGCCCUUCAGCAAUGUACCUCCAUCCAACACACUGCCCACGACUUCCGCGAUCAUCUAUAAUCCCACGCCAAUUUCACACAAUUUUGGACAGAAAGAGUAUUGCAAUGUCGCCAAUCUCAUAUUCAAACUCCAACAGCCAGCCACCGACAAUAAAAUUAUGGGACACAAAGAUCGUGGUCAUUUCAGGUCUGAAAUAUGGGAGACUCCAGAUAAUGUUCCUCAGUUUGCAACGGCUCAACCGACCAGAAAAAGGAGAUAUAUCUCACGCACGUUCCCCGCUGAUUAUUUCACCCAGCCAUGUCUCGACGAGUGUUAUGAUCGGCCAUAUGGAUACGAUACAAGCAUUGUUCCCUUGCCUCCAAAAGAGAACCAAUCUAUAAAAUCGACUUCUCGUUUGAGCCUGGAAUUAGAAUAUUCUCAGAAGCAAUCACGCUCUUUGCAGUCUGCUUACUCCGCUGGCCUGCACGAAUUCAAUAUGUUGGCCGCACUUCUACCAAGACUCGAUGGCAGUUAUGUAUCCGUCGAGGCUUCGGUUUGGGGCAAGAAGGAACGAUUGACAUACAAAAGAAUGCAAUUACUGGAGAAACGGCUGCAAGAUCUGACAUGGGAGGGAGAAAGAAUGGAGCGCAUGCAAAAGCGUAUCCAUGCAGAAUUGGAGAAGCGCCGAGAGACGAGGGAGCUUUUAGAGAUGCCCCUCAGAAUUAUAGCGAGAGAUAUUAGUGAGAGGAAUGUAGGGCGAAGAUGGUUGAGGGGAGAGAUACCGUGGGCAGAUGGUGUGAACAUGGGAAGGGAGAGCCGCAUGUGAGGAAUACUGUGGAUAUAGUACCGAGACUGUCGUAACACAGAGGAUUUGACACGUCCAUAGGUUGGCUUGGCAGAUUGAAACAGCGAUAACCAUGUAUUGUGUCCAGCGUUUUGUUGAAAAAAUACUUUUGACCAUUAAAAGGGUAAAUAGUUUUUGCAACCACAAACGUUGUUGUAACUCACGAAACGUGACUGUAAAGGCUACAGGUGU